AAUUCAUGGUACAGAUGUGAAGCCGCACACUGUAAGGGUUUCUCCUGGUUUAUGCUUGCUGCUUUGCAAACACUAUGAGUCACCCAGAGGCAGGGAAAGGCCCAACCUUGGACUUUAAACUGAAAAAAUGAAACUAAGGCUUUUAUUCCCGUUUCAGGCAGACGAAAUGGCAGACGAGAGUCCAGUCCAGAACCUCUGCGAGGAAACAACAUGCCGCAUCUGCCAGGAGUAUUUCAAAGAUCCAGUGAUCAUAGACUGCGGCCACAAUUUCUGCCAAACCUGCAUCACCGAGACUUGGGGGAACUCGGACCAAGAUGCUUCUUGCCCUCACUGCAGGGAACCUUGUCAGCAAAGGAAUUUCAGGCCCAACCGGCAACUGGCGAGCAUUGUGGAAAUAGUCAAGAAAUUCAGCCUUCAGACGGCCAAAGGGGCAGAAGCGCUGGGAAGGGUUUGCGAGAGACACCAGGAGCCCCUGAAGCUGUUCGGCGAAGGCGACCAAGCCCCCAUCUGUGUGGUGUGUGACAAAUCUAAGGAGCACAAAAUGAUCCCAAAGGAGGAGGCCUUUGACGAGUAUCAGGGUAGAAUCUUGCGUCAUUUGGAGUUCCUGAACAAACAGAGAGAAGAAAUUCUGUAUUCUAAACUGAAGAGGGAGACCAAAAGCCAGAAUCUGCUGAAGCAGACAGACAUGGAGAGGCAGAAACUCAUAGCUGAUUUCAAGCAAUUGCACCAGUUUCUGGAAGAACAAGAGCACCUCCUGCUGACUCAAUUAACGGAACUGGACAAUGAGAUUAAAUCCUGGGAGGACAAACAUAUUGCAAAACUCUCUGAGGAAAUCUCCUCUAUCGAUGACCUUAUUAAGGAGCUGGAGGAGAAACAGAAACAGCCAGCGACUGAAUUCUUGCAGAAUAUGAGAAGCAUCCUGGAAAGGUGUAAUGAAAAUGAAUAUAAAACCAUGAAUGAUUUUCCUCCUGGAUUAGAAGAGCAAAUAGAUAAUUUCUCCAAAAUGCAUCCUUUUUUGGAGAAGGAGACCGAGAAAUUUAAAGACGUUGUGCUCUCUGGACCUCAAGAUGAAAAAGCUGACUCUGUCAUGCUCUCCUCAACACCAGAGACCAUACAACAAGGUGAAAUGAGCAUCGUGAGGAAGAAGAGCAACUUGGGAACAUUUGGGAAGAUAGCAUCAGUGAAUAUAGUUUUGGAUCCAGAAACAGCAAAUCACUACCUCAUUCUCUCUGAAGACGGGAAGAGUGUGAGGUGUGGAGGGGAAAGGCAAAAUCUGCCCGACAGCCCAAAGAGAUUUGAUCCCAAGACCUACGUGCUGGGCAGCGAGAGAUUCCGUGCAGUAAGAAAAUGGUGGGAGGUGGAAGUUGGGGGAGAGAAAAAUGCCACGUGGGCCGUGGGGGUGGCACGCAACUCCACCCCGAGGAAGGGACAGGUCAGCCUUCAACCCAGUGUAGGAAUCUGGGCUGUGGGAAAAGCCAUAGUUGGCUCAUUGUAUGGACUUUGGGCUUUUACUGCCCCUGAGCGGACGCCUUUGCUCUUAAAUCAUGAGCUCAGGAAGAUCCGGGUGACUCUGGACUAUGAAAGGGGUUCUGUGGGAUUUUUUGAUGUCGAAGGAGAUGUCUUGAUCUUCACUUUCCCGAAUGCGUCCUUCUUUGGGGAGGAAAUCCGGCCCUUUUUCUUGGUCGGGCAAGGAGCUGAACUGAGUUGCUGAAUCUUGAGUGCACGACUCCUCACAGCCCCCCCCCAAUCGCCCCCAAUGCCCUGAAAAAGAGUUGUUUUUGCACUUCCCGCACAACUGUAUGAGAUCCAAGCAAAGAGCUGUGGAAUGGCGCUCAGGGAGGAAUGGCCACAGAAAUUUGGGCCUUUCCAUCUGUGGGGCAAGAGCGGGUUGGCAUGUGGGAAGAAUAGUGUUCUUGUGCUUUUAACAAUGGCCUGGCAGGCAGAAAUCCAACAGGCUAAGCUUCUGCUAGUAUGAAAAUACAGUCAUGGGAAAAGCUUCAUCACCACUGUAUUCCCUCUCAUAUUGUAUUAUGGCGGCCAUGUUUUGUUAUGGUCCUGUGGCAGCCAUUUUGUUACUGGUACCAACAGCAUUCCCUCAAAACUUGAGAUGUGCCCUCGUCCAAAAAAGUGAGCGCCCGCUGGUCUACAAUAUCAGUUCUGUACUGUACUGAGCAUUUUGUAUCAAUAAACUAUCUCCUUGUUUUCA